AUGAGCUACUUGAAUGAACAGUACUCAAAGGUACUGGCAACACAUCCACCUACUGGACAUCUCGAUCCUCAAGUGGACUUGACGACAAAUAGAUGCUUUGCUGGAGAUGUGAUUGUGGAGUUUCCAAUUCGUCAACAUCAGGUUGAUGCCAUGAAGGCCACAUUGGAACGUCGUCAACGUGCUAGAGUAUGGGUGGACUCUGAGCCCUCACGUCGUGUGCGCGACUAUCCUGCUUUUGCCAAGGAGAUCUGCGAGGCUGGUCAGUUCAACGAGUUCGAGUCCAAACAGAUCCAUCUCUCGCCAAUCGUCUACUUCCCCCAACGCAACAACAAGGCGUUGUACUAUACCGAAGUGCCCAAUUACAAUCAGGUGUCCAUCGUCUCUGCCGUUGGAAACCACGACCUCAUCCUCGCAGCAUUCACUCGUUACAUGUACACUCUUCCACUGGCCAUCCGUGAGCAAAUGCAGUACGACCGACAUGGUGAGGUGUUCAAGUUGUUCCGCAAGUUCCUCAGGAACAAUCCUGCUGCACAACAGUAUCCAAGACCAUACCAUUCUCACCAUCUUGUUCCUCACAAGGAUGACAAGAGAACAUACGAAGCCACUCUUGCUCGUUAUAUUGACAAUGAUCGAGUUGAGGUAGUAUACUUGAUGGUGUACAGUCAGAAGCCAGAGUCAUCAGUCAUCAAGGAGACACAUAUUUAUGGCGAGAGGGACUUUGAGAAGGUGUCAACCAAGUGUUACAACAUGGAGGACGGUAUUGCAACUUUCCGUCAUAUGUACAAGGAGCUCACCAAUGUGGAGUUUGAGGCCAAUGCCUCAUUCGAGCCAAAGGAUGGCUUCUAUGGCAUCUACACCUCGAUGCUACCACUCAGACACAGUAUACCACCCCUCAAGACACUCUGUUACUCCUUGCUCAAGGAGUUGUUCUUGCUGGAUCGCGAUGAAUUCUUUUCCAAGAUCACUCAGAUGCCUUUGGAUGUCUUGCGUGAGUUCUGUCAUCACUGUCUUGUGGACCAGUUACCCGUUGGCAAUGAGGUGGCAGAGUUCUUGAUGAUCAAGCUCAAGCCACUCCACAAUCAGGAGACAAUGGACGAUCUGUUCCCAGUCCAAUCACUCCUCGAGUCCAUGUUCAUUCGCCAUCAGUUCUUCUUUAGGAGUCUUAUGUACUCCAUCCCACAGAACAUCUUCAAGAUUCCAUAUGACGACAAACUCUUGUUUGAUGUCUAUGCCAAUCAGAACCUGUUCACUAUUAAGCCACUUCCCGAGUCUUUGGUCCUGUUCCCUCUGGCUGAGGACCGCAAGAAGCCGGUGGGCACGCCAUCCAUCGUCGACAUGGAUACCUUCCUCAAGAACUUUGCCGAGUUCACAUCAAACCGCUUCGCAAACUUUACCAAGGACGACUGGAAGAACAUGGUGGUCAUUGGAGGAGGCAUGGCCUCUUCGCUUACGGGCGAGACCGUUGGCUUUGAGUCCUCGGACAUUGACAUCUGCUUCUAUGGCUUCCAAAAUGAGGAAGAGGUCAGGGAGAAGGUCACCCGUUUGCUAUCAUUGUUUGACAAGAUGGACGAGUACAGCAUCGUGACCAGUACCACAGAGAUCACAUUCUCCAGACACUACCCAUACCGCCACAUUCAAGUCAAUGUCGUCGCUCAUCAGAACAUCCAGGAGGUAUUAUUGGGUGUGGACAUUGAAGGCUCCUGCUUCGCCUUUGAUGGCGAGCGGGUAUGGACUACCUCGCGCGGUUUGAACGCGAUCAACUACCGCUACAACUUUGCCACACAGUAUGGCCACAACAUCCGAGGCCAGCACAUCUACCAGAGACGUCUGAUCAAGUACUUGAACCGUGGCUUUGGUGUUGCCUAUCUGCCCACUCCUCAGGUGCUGGAGCGCGCCAAGACCCUUGUGCCUUCGGACAAAGCCAAUGGAAUCGCCCUACUGUUGUCGGCCAAGGCCAGCGAGGAGGUAAUGCAGAAGCUAACCAAGAGGACCAAGAAGGGCACACUGCCAUAUGGUCCUGACAUCACUCGCAAGAAGUACGAGAGGUACGUGGACAACAACUACAACGAGUACUUUGAUGGAUACAAUAGCAGUGACUGGCCUUCAUUGGUUGAGAAGGUGGAGGAUCUGGACAACUUUGGUCUAUCAUGGUGGACUGAUGAGGAGAAUGCCGUCAACUCAUUCCCAUUCAACAGCUUUGCUGGUCAAAGCGAGGCUUACUAUUAUUACUAUGAUGAUGACGAGUCGUUCGAUGAUGCAGCAGAUGAUGAUGCCGAUGAUGAUGCCAAUGCUGAUGGUGAUGCAGGAGACGAUAUGGAAGAGGACAAUGAGGAGCAUGACGAUGCCAUGGAAUAA